AUGGCAUUUAGUAAUUCAAGCUUCUACACCACUGGAAUGGAAGGUUUGAAAAGAGAUGAAGAGAUCUGUAUUAAAUUUCCUCCUAAAGUCAGCUCUCCAGGCUUGGUUAAUCUGCUUCGGGAGAAAGGUAAGAACGGAAACCUCAUGGACUUUGCUGGGCCAAGACUUCAUCUCCAGAUGGUCGUCACUUUUCUUCUCACUCAAACAAUUCAUAGUAUGCUCAAACACUUGGGAUUGCCAAUGUUCAUCUCCCAAGUUCUUGCAGGGAUAAUACUCGGUCCUAUGGUUAUCAAGGAUCCCUAUUCAUUGAUUAUAAUGUCAGAGGAUAGUAUUGUAGUUCUAGGUACCGUGGCAUCCUUCGGAUAUGUGUUCUUUUUGUUUUUAAGUGGGGUGAAAAUGGAUGUCAGCAUGAUAUAUAAGUCUGGAAGGAAAGCUGUAUGUAUUGGUUUCCUUACAGUGGUGGUACCUUUGAUAGUUUGUUUGAUAACGGUUAAGGCUCUUCACACAGAAGGCGAAUUGUUUACAAAUAAAAGUUUCUUUCUUGCAGUAACAUACUCCGGGACUUCAUUUCCAGUAAUACAUUGCCUUCUCAGCGAGCUGAAAAUCCUAAAUUCUGAAAUUGGCAGGCUAGGACUAUCAGCAGCACUCAUCGGGGACAUCGUGUCGCUAGUUCUUAUGAAUAUUAGCCAAUGGGUGAGGAUAGGGCUUGAAAAGGGAAUAGAAGUGGUUCUGCCUCAUUCUGGACUAGCUAUAGGCUUUGUUUUAGUUGUGGUAUUUGUGCUACGACCUGUGAUGAAAUGGAUGGCAAAAAACACGCCUGAGGGUGGCCGGCUAAAUGAUAUAUUCCUUUAUGCUGUUAUUUGGGCGUUCAUGAUGUCACCUAAGCUUACCGAAGUAUUUAGAAUAUUCCUUCUCUUUGGCCCAUUUAUUUUGGGAUUGGCUGUCCCGGACGGACCCCCAAUGGGAUCUGCUCUUGUUGAAAUGUUGGACCCUGUUAUUUCAGGGUUGUUUUUGCCUUUGUUUGCUACAACAUGUGGCAUGAGGAUUGAUCUAUCUUACCUCAAAAAGAGUAAUCCGUUUGCAAAGCACCAAGCAAUUGCAGCGGUAGUAACACUUAUUGUCAAAUUUUGGGUUUCUUUACUACUGCCUUUAUUAUGCAAUAUGUCCACGAGGGAUUCUUUGGCACUUGCUUUUAUAAUGAUAACCAAAGGUAUCGUUGAGAUGGGUUCCUAUAGCUUCUUGAAUGACACCCGGGCUAUAUCAGAAGAUCUAUUUGCUUUCAUGAGUAUUAUCAUCAUUUUGGUCGCAAGCGUUGUGCCAAUACUUGUGAAAAGAUUCUAUGAUCCAUCAAGAAAGUAUGUAUGCUACCAGAAAAGAAGCAUCAUGCAUUCCAAGCUCAAUGAGGAGCUGCGAAUGAUAGGUUGCAUUCAUAUACCAGGAAAUGUCAAUUCUAUCAUUAACAUGUUGAAUGCCUCCUGUCCAACCAGAGAAAGCCCCGUUGCUCUUGAUGUCCUUCACCUUGUUAAGCUCAGCGGACGAGCCACACCAGUUUUCAUUGCUCAUCAAAAGCAAAACAAAAUUUUGUCUAACGAAUCAUACUCUGAGAAUAUCGUCCUCUCUUUUAACCAGUUUGAGCGGGACAAUUGGGAAGCUAUAUCAGUGAAUGUUUUCACCGCAGUCUCUCCACCAAAUUUGAUGUACGAGGAUAUAUGCAAUCUCGCCAUGAACCGACUCACAGCCAUCAUAAUACUUCCAUUUCACCGAAGAUGGUAUAUUGAUGGGACCAUUGAAUCAGAAGACCAAACCAUAAGGAGCUUGAAUUGUGACAUCUUGGAAAUGGCGCCUUGCUCAGUCGGCAUCCUUGUUGAAGGACGCCGCCAUCUAAAACGCUCCAAUUCUAGAGAUAAAUUAUCAUCAGAUAACUCCUCAUCAUACAACGUUGCUGUGAUCUUCUUGGGGGGUAAAGAUGAUAGGGAGGCUCUAUCGUUAGCCAAACGUAUGUCCCAAGAUAAAAGGGUUAACCUAACUGUAAUUCAUCUGAAAGCUGCAAACUGCGUAGGCACCAUCUUAGCUGAGCGAAUCCUUGAUGAUGCAAUGUUAAGGUAUAUUAAAGAAAGUGUAUACAUAACAUACAUUCAGAAGCAGGUAAAUGAUGGACCUGAAACUUCAACGUUUCUUCGAUCCAUUGUGGAUGACUACCAGCUUAUCAUUGUUGGGAGACGAUACAACCAUGAAGAUCCCCAAACUUUUGGCCUGCAGGAAUGGAGUGAAUUUCAAGAGAUUGGGAUUAUUGGAGACCUACUUUCGUCAGCAGAUUUUGGUGGCAAUUAUUCUGUGUUGAUUGUGCAACAUCAACAACAAAAGACUGCAUAAGCCCUAGUACAAAUGAUCAUAUAAAGUUGCCAAAUGCUUUCUUGCUCACUUGCUCAUAUCCCUUGGACGAGGUGUGCCUUUGUAUUAACCAAACA